GACAGUUGGCUCCCACAGUAAAUAGGCAAACAAGACCAUAAAGCAUUGCAACCUAUUUGGGGGGUUAUGCAAGGUCCAACACAAUGGUGUUGCGGAGCUCAAGCGGGUAUUGGUGUUUGGUGCCUUUUUAUCUCUGCCUCGCCGCGUGUCCCACACUGGCCGCUCCAGAUUUCUCAGCAUACCUGCACACAAUCCUGAAGAACCACACGAUGCAUGCGUGCGAUGGGGAGACCCUCUCGAUCACGUGUCCCUCCAAGACCACCGUAAGCAUCCUCUCCACAUUCUACGGACGUCGCAUCCCAAGCGAGAACCUGUGUCCAGCUGUGAACAGGAAUGGCACUGAGGAGAACACAGUCUGCAUGUCCUCAGUGGCUACCCAGCAGAAGGUUAUGGAUGAGUGUCAGGAUCGACCAUCCUGCCUGAUCCCAGUCAUCAGUCGUGUGUUUGGCCUGGAUCCCUGCCCAGGCACUAACAAGUACCUCCUCAUAUCUUACAAGUGCCGUCCAGAGCAUCACGACGUUAAGCAGGUGUGUGAGAAUGAGAGUCUACAGCUGGUAUGCAGGAAUAACACAGUGCUGGCUAUCUACACGGCAACGUUUGGAUACCUGCAGCACGGGAACGCAGAGUGCCCCCAGGAGAGUGGAGCUGCCCCUGACAUGGAGUGCCUCUCUCCCAAGGCACUGAGGAAGGUGUCCCGCAGGUGUCAAGGCAGGAGUAACUGCUCUGUGCUGGCUGACACGCAGAACUUUGGGGACCCCUGUCUCCCAGGGGUGAAGAAGCACCUACAGGUGUCCUUUGUAUGUGUACCCAGAUACCUUCUGGAGGAUGUCGGACGAGGAUCCUCUGAUCCGUUCUUGAUCACAGACUACACACACGGAGGCUGGUACACAGGUCCGGGCGUGACACAACCCCCCCAAAAAAUGGUGCUCUUUACCAACUCUCUGGAAAUCUUUGCCCAAAUGUGGGGUGUUCCAGAGAAGGUGGCCCUGUACUUUGUCUCUGGAAUCUGUGCGGGCUUGGUCUUCCUGCUGUGCCUGUUCUGCCUAAAAUCCACGCUGGCACGGGACGUCAAGGACCUGAUCGACGAGCUGAGGGAGGACCUGAAGGAGGCCCGCGACCCGGGCGCUGAGCUGAUGGAGGACUUCAGCAACGACACCACCUCGGACUCCUCCAUCCACCGCCUCGCGCGCUCCUACUGCCUGGCUGAGAUCUUCAGCCCGGAGCUGAUGGUGGAAAUGGAGGAGCACUGGGAGGAGAAGGAGCUGCCCAACGGGAAUAUCUUCCUGCACCGCGACUCAAGCCCCUACGCCGCCCACAGGAUCCAAGAAGCCACUGUCUGAGGCUUGAUUUUGAUAUUGAUUUUGGCAAGGCGAUGUUGAUGUUGUAAAUGUGAGUCCAUUGAAUUUGCCAAAAGUCGAGAGGGUAGCGUGUGAUGUACAUAUUUAUGCCGUUGAUUUCAUAAAAUAUCAAAGAAAUUGUGAAGCAGUGACUAAUGUGAUUAAUAAUUAAACUUUUUCACAAGACAUAACUCAAUUCAAUGAUAACAUUUUUCAAUGCACUUUACAAAAUACAUUGACUAUAUCCUUCCACCAUCCACUUAAUUAAUUCACAAUAUUCCGUGGUACAGAUCAAAUCAAAGUAAUAUUUUCUUUAACCAACAUCAUAAAAUGCUUUAAUUAAAUGUCAUCCAAGUAAUUUUGCAUGAAUAUCCCCAUGAAAUAUCAACAUCUUGAAGGUUUAUUUUCAGUUUAUGUCUCUCAGCAAAAAUAAAAUGUAUAUCAAAUGAUCA